AUGUCCGAGGGAACAUUGAAGCCGGAGAAGGACUUCUCCAAGGAGGUUGACGCGCAGCUUCCUGAGGCGGAGAAGCUCGCCUCCAGUAACCUCCAAGGUGCCAUCGAGAAGCUCGCCGCCCUCGAGAAACAAACACGCCAGGCUUCCGACCUGGCCUCGACGUCGCGGAUUCUCAUCGCUAUCGUCACAUUAUGCAAGAAUGCGGGCGACUGGAGCUUACUGAACGAGCAGACGCUCGUGCUCUCCAAGAAGCACAGCCAGCUCAAGCAGGCCAUCACCAAGAUGGUACAGACCGUCGUCAGCUUCCUCGACGACACCCCCGACCUGACCACGAAGCUUUCCGUCAUUGAGACUCUGAGAACCGUCACCGAGGGCAAGAUUUUCGUCGAGGUCGAGCGCGCUCGCGUUACCAAGAUUCUUUCAGAUAUCAAGAAGCAGCAGGGUGACCUCAAGGCCGCCACAGAAAUUCUGUGCGAGCUGCAAGUCGAGACGUUUGGCUCCAUGGAUCGCAGGGAGAAGACCGAAUUUAUCCUCGCCCAAGUCGCGCUCUGCAUUGAAAAUGGCGACUGGACCCAAGCAGGCAUCCUUGGCCGCAAGAUUAGCACAAAGUACCUCUCGCGCAAGCCCAAGAAGACUGCCGAGGACCUUGAGAAGGAGGCCAAGGAGCGCGAGAAGAAGAGAGCUCGUGGUGAAGAGGUUCCCGAGGAGAAGGAGGAUGAUACGACUGACCUCAAGCUCCGUUACUACGAGCAACAGAUCAUGCUGGCCAAGCAUGACGACAAGUAUCUAGAGGUCUGCAAAAACUACAGACAGGUCCUUGAUACAGAAGCUGUCGAGAACGACUCUGCAAAGCUUCACCCCGUCCUGCAACGAAUCAUCUACUUUGUCAUUCUGGCACCAUAUGAUAAUGAGCAACACGACCUCCUUCACCGCGUUCACAAAGACACACGCAAUGCUCAAGUGUCUCUGGAUGCUGAGCUUCUACGACUAUUCACUAUCCAUGAGCUAAUGCGCUGGCCCGAGGUUGCGAAAAAGUUUGGCCCACACCUGUGUGGCACCGACGUCUUUGAUGCUAAGAACAGCUCAUCCGACGAAAAGGCGCACCAGCGCUGGCAAGAUCUUCGCAAACGCGUCAUUGAGCACAAUGUUCGUGUUGUGGCCAAGUACUAUACCCGCAUCCAGAUGGGUCGUCUCACCGAGCUCCUCGACCUCACAGAAGACGAGACGGAAAAGUAUAUUAGCGAACUGGUCACGUCAAAGACAGUGUACGCGAGAAUUGACCGCCCAGCUCGCAUCGUCAGCUUCUCUAAGCCGAGGGAUGCUGAUGAUGUGUUGAACGAAUGGAGCCACAACAUGAAGAGCCUGCUCGGUCUGCUGGAGAGAAUUGAUCACCUUAUUACCAAGGAAGAGAUGAUGGCACGCAUUCAACCUACAAGCGCAAAAUAG